GGCACCGGCAUCUUACGUUAGCUAAACUCGGAGUUGCCAGCACGUGUAUUUCUAGGCGGCUUUUCAACGACACACCAAUAUUAAACCAGUCUUUUUUCCCACCGGUGAUGGACAGCUUCGGUUCGGACUUCUCAGCUGGUGGGGCGGGCGGUAAAUUGGACACCGGCACGAUCAUGGAGCAGGUUAAAGUCCAAAUCGCGGUGGCCAACGCACAGGAGCUGCUGCAGAGAAUGACGGACAAAUGCUUCAAGAAGUGUAUCGGGAAACCUGGAAGUACACUGGACAACUCAGAGCAGAAAUGCAUUGCCAUGUGCAUGGACCGGUAUAUGGAUGCUUGGAAUACUGUUUCCCGAACGUAUAACUCCAGGUUACAGAAGGAAAGAGCUCGUAUGUAAAUGUCCAUCGCUUCCCGUUCUGCCUUUCUUCCCUUCUUUGACCACUGCUCACCUGCAGAAGUCGGAGGUCACGCGAUGUGCUUGGGUUCCUCAUGGCCACAACAUUUUAUUUUUAUUUUUUGUAUUUUUUUCUCCUCCCCCCUUUCCCAUAAUACCUCCAGCAGUUUUAGCAGCCUGUGGUGGACCGCAGCCAUAACAGUGUGGACAACAUUCAAUUCAGGAACAAAGAGGUUUUUUUUAAUGUGAUAACAAACUGAUAUUGUGGCUAAUAAGAAGUGUUGCCUGGGCCCUUGUAUGUGACAAUACCUGGAAAAAGUUGUGUUCGAAUGAGUAUGUGAAUGAUGAUAAGCUAUGAUUCACUAGAAAUGUGUUUGGCGCAACUGCAUUGAGCUUGACAUCCACCUACUAUCAAACCAAUCUCCAUUGGAGUCCAGAGUCAUGUAUAUAAUACACAUUUUGAUUUCUUAAAAUAAAUAGGAAUCAGAAUA